CGGGAACUCAUUCAGACGAUGCCGCGAUUCUUUGCGAUCAACACGCCAUACCGGAUCAGGGUAGGGGGCGAGAGCGUGAACGAUGGCCAAGCCGGGAAUCGCUCGGACGCUGAAGAGGCUCGCCAAUAGACUGGGCGUUCUCGGAUAUAGCAAGCGGAAAAACGUCCAAGGUCUAAACCCACUGAUUAUUUCGUCGGUUCUCAUUGGGCUGACUUUACUGAUAGCGUCGCUCUCACGAAAAUUGACGAAAUCGUUCAUCGCCGACGGUACCGUCCGGUUGCUAGUGUUUGAGUUCAUCGCCACAUUGGAAUUGUGCGCGUCCUGUUUCGAAUUGAUUGUGGUGGCGGAUAACUGGGGCGUUGGCGCAUACGCUGUCUUCUUGUUUCUGUUGACGAUAUGGUGGUCACGCUCCUGGGAAGAUGCGUCCGCGUGCCCUUACGUGCCCCUCGAGGAAGUGGUAGAAGGGGCGAAAUCGGCAAAGACGGCCUUAAUGACGGUCGGCGCUCAGUUAGUGGCCGCUCUGGUAACUUUUAGGUACGUGCAGCUACUGUGGUCGUUUGAAAUGGCCGAGACGCACCUCGGCAAGGCUUACGAACAGUGCACGGCCGAUCUUCAGGUGGAUGCCGCCGUCGGCGCCGCGAUCGAGUGCAUCCUGACUUGCGCGUGCCGACUGACUUCACGGGUUGUCGGCGAGACCCAUGCCAGGUUCGGUAACUUCCUCGACGCGUUUUUCGCGACCGCAAUGGUCGUCUUAGCGUUUAACUUUUCCGGCGGGUACUUUAACCCGGCACUGGCAACGUCGCUGAAGCUCGGAUGCGCGGGUAACACUUUCGUCGAGCACUUGCUCGUUUAUUGGGUGGGCGCAUGCGUGGGAUCUCUGUUGUCUGUGCUACUGUUCCGAUCCAGUGCCGUGCAAGGCUACGUGGAUCGCGCCAAGUCGAAAACGCAAUAAGACGGAACGACAUCGACAUUGUCAGGUCCUGUUGUUUUUUGGAGAAAAUCGUAUCGGUUGAAUAUCUUCUAUAUUAAAUCACUAAUCCUUCCCUCGAGUGGAUUUCCACGUGUAUAUUCGAUCAAAAAUAAACGAUUUCAAAAAUUUUU